AUGUUGGAGCCAACGCUGAUGCCGUCACUACAGUUCGAGUCCAAGUCUUCGAGAGCGAAGGGCAUUGCCUUCCACCCAAAGAGACCAUGGAUUCUCGUCUCCCUCCACUCUUCGACUAUCCAACUAUGGGAUUACCGCAUGGGAACUCUGAUAGACCGGUUCGAAGAGCACGACGGUCCCGUUCGGGGCAUCGAUUUCCACAAGACCCAACCCCUCUUCGUUUCCGGUGGUGAUGAUUACAAGAUCAAGGUCUGGUCCUACCAGACGAGGCGAUGUCUGUUCACCCUGAACGGGCAUCUCGAUUACGUUCGAACCGUCUUCUUUCACCACGAGCUGCCGUGGAUCAUAUCCGCAUCCGACGACCAGACCAUUCGGAUAUGGAAUUGGCAGAACCGCUCGCUAAUUUGCACCAUGACGGGCCACAACCACUACGUAAUGUGCGCCCAGUUCCACCCCAAGGACGACCUGGUAGUAUCCGCCUCUCUCGACCAGUCUGUACGAGUCUGGGAUAUCUCGGGCCUACGAAAGAAACACUCGGCCCCGACCUCGAUGUCCUUCGAGGACCAAGUCGCUCGAUCGAAUGCGCAACAGGCAGACAUGUUCGGUAAUACCGAUGCUAUGGUCAAAUUCGUACUAGAGGGCCACGACCGCGGCGUUAACUGGGUGUCCUUCCACCCCACCGCUCCCCAUAUUGUCUCGGCUGGCGAUGAUCGACUGGUAAAGCUGUGGCGAUUCAGCGAAACGAAAGCCUGGGAAGUCGACACAUGCCGCGGCCAUUUCCAAAAUGCUUCCGGUUGCUUGUUCCACCCCCACCAAGACUUGAUCCUGUCUUGUGGUGAGGACAAGACAAUUCGGGUAUGGGACUCUCAGAAGCGUACGGCCGUCCAGUCAUUCAAGCGGGAAAACGACCGAUUCUGGGUCAUCGCUGCCCAUCCCGAGAUCAACCUGUUUGCUGCUGGACACGACAACGGUGUCAUGGUAUUCAAGUUGGAACGAGAACGCCCGGCAUCUACCGUUCACCAGAACAACCUGUUCUUCAUUACGAAGGAGAAGCACGUUCGCUCAUACGAUUUCCAGAAGAAUGCCGAGAGCCCGACAUUAUUGUCUCUGAAGCGACUGGGCAGUGCCUGGGUACCUCCACGGACCUUGUCAUACAACCCAGCGGAGCGGUCUGUCCUUGUCACAUCACCCUCGGAGGGCGGCUCCUACGAACUUAUCAAUCUACCUCGGGAUGGCUCUGGUGCAUUGGAUUCCACGGACUCGAAACGCGGACAGGGGAACUCUGCGAUUUUUGUGGCCCGCAAUCGCUUUGCUGUUCUGAACACAUCUACCCAGACUAUUGACAUCAAGGAUCUGUCCAACAACACUGCGAGAUCAUUCAAGCCCCCUAUUGGGACCACCGACAUCUACUUUGGUGGCACUGGCAACUUGCUUAUAAUUACCCCGACCGCCGUCUAUCUCUAUGAUAUCCAGCAGAAGAAGAGCAUAGCCGAGUUGACUGUCAAUGGUGUCAAAUACGUCAUCUGGUCUAAUGACGGUCUUCACGCGGCUCUCCUGAGUAAACACAAUGUCACUAUUGUGACUAAGACGCUUGAACAAGUCAGCACGUUGCACGAGACAAUCCGGAUCAAGAGCGCGACCUGGGACGACGCCGGCGUUCUGCUGUACUCUACCCUCAACCACAUCAAGUAUACUCUGAUGAAUGGCGACAAUGGUAUCGUCAGGACACUCGACCAGACAGUAUACCUUGUGAGAGUCAAGGGCAGAUAUGUAUACUCACUUGAUCGCGCCGCAAAACCCAAGGUCCUCCACAUUGACCCCACCGAGUACCGCUUCAAGCUUGCUUUGGUGAAGAGAAACUACGAGGAAAUGCUUCACAUCAUACGUAACUCGAGCCUAGUCGGCCAGUCCAUCAUUUCAUAUCUGCAGAAGAAGGGAUACCCCGAGAUUGCCCUGCAGUUCGUGCAAGACCCGACAACUCGCUUCGAGCUCGCAAUAGAAUGCGGUAAUCUGGAAGUGGCCGUGGAGAUGGCCAAGGAAUUGGACCGACCGAAGCUGUGGACCAGACUGGGGACCGAAGCCCUGGCGCACGGAAACCACCAAGUCGUUGAGAUGGCGUACCAGAAACUCAAGCAGUUUGAUAAGCUGUCGUUCUUGUAUCUUUCGACCGGCGACCACUCAAAACUCGCCAGAAUGGCCAAGAUCGCCGAGCAUCGAGGCGACUUUACAGCAAGAUUCCAGAAUGCUCUUUACUUGGGCGAAGUCGAGGAUAGGAUACAGAUGUUCAAGGAGGCUGAUCUAUAUCCCCUUGCUUAUAUGACUGCCAAGUCUCACGGUCUCGAGGAGGAAUGCCAGUCGAUUCUGGAGGUCACGGGUGUCACGGAAGAUCAACUGACUACACCCAAGUUUGGACAGACUGCCACGCCGCCAAGGCCAGUUGUGCCCACCUACAAGGCAAACUGGCCUACCAAGGCGACGUCGCAGUCCAUCUUCGAGAAGGCUCUUUCGGGUCAAUUAGAAGGCCUGAGCCUAGAGGACGCACCAGCCGCAGCCACUAAUGGACUCGGGCGCGAUGAUGCAGGUGACGACGACAUCGCUGCUAAGGCCAACGGCGCGAUGGACGUGGAUGAGGACGAGGAUGCAGCUGGCUGGGACAUGGGUGACGACAUCGUUCCAGAAGCUGACAGCGACUUUGUCAAUGUCGAAAGUACCGAUGCGGGAGGUGCUGGCAGCAGCGAGGCUGACAUGUGGGCUCGCAACUCGCCAAUAGCGGCAGAUCAUAUCGCCGCUGGGUCUUUCGAAUCAGCCAUGAACCUGCUGAACCGUCAAGUGGGAGCUGUCAACUUCGCGCCGCUGAAGCCUCGAUUCUUGGAGAUUUACUCGGCUACGAAAACCUAUCUUCCCGCGUCUGCUGGAUUGCCGCCCCUUGUCAACUACGUCCGCCGAACCUUGGAUGAGACGGAUCCUAGAAAGGUUCUCCCAAUAAUCCCUCGAGACCUUGAGCACCUCGCGUCCAAUGACCUCCAACAAGGUUACGACACGAUGAGGUCAAACAAGCUCGAGGAUGGCGUCAGACUUUUCAAGGGUAUCCUACACGCCAUUAUCGCCAAUGCUGCAUCCAGUGAGAGCGAGGCGACUGAUGCGAAGAAACUUGCCACCUCGGCCGGCGAGUAUGCUUUGGCCAUGUCGAUCGAGCUUGCCCGAAGAAGACUCGGCACACCAGAAGCGGUGAAUGGCAACCCGGAGCUGCUCAAACGAAGUCUUGAGCUGUCAGCAUACUUCACGAUUCCCAAGAUUGAGGUGCCGCACCGCCAGCUCGCACUACUGAACGCAAUGAACUUGGCGGCAAGAAGCAAAAACUACAGCUCGGCUUCGAGCUUUGCCAACCGUAUCCUGGCCAACGGCGGAGCUAAUAGAAUCCUUGAGAAUGCCCGGAGGACCAAGACACAAUGCGAGCGGAAUCCCCACGAUGCUGUGGAGAUUGAGUACGACCAAUUUGCCGAGUUCGAUAUCUGCGCCGCUAGCUAUACGCCCAUCUACAGCGGCACUCCCUACGAAGAGUGCGCCUUGGACGGAACCAAGUACCACACAAAGUACAAGGGCAUGGUGUGCACCGUUUGUGAGGUAUGCGAGGUCGGUAAGCAUGGCAGUGGGCUGAAAUUGUUUGCAUAG